CGGCAAUUUGACGCCGCAACGCUCGCUUAAUCGUUGUGUACGAUUCUGUUACGGGGGAAAGAAGAAAAGACUAGUCAUAACGUUGCAUCUUAGAAAAAUUAAAUUUUGUUUUUCGCAUAAAAACAAAAUGUCACGUUGGCGAAACUAUUUCGCCCGAUCGAGCUGUUCUAUUUUUUAUUUCUAUAUAUUGCAACAGGAUUCGUAACAAAAACAUAGCUAAUACCUGUCGAGAAACUUUCAUCAUAUCGUUGAAAAUCGCAAGAUCGUUGAAAAUUCGAGAGCUACGUGAGAGAAUUCGCAGAGCCGUAACUAGAACAUAAAAUAAAAAAAAAAAAAAGAAAUCUCGCGAAGCGGAAUGAAUGUGUGAAUUAUUUUAUAAUAUCUUCGAUUCACACGAAAAAAAAAAAACACAAGAGCGAAUAUUUUAGCCAAUUUAUGGAGAAGCUCCGAAAAUCUCGAUGAUCUAUAGAUCUAAGUAUGAAAAUCUUUGCGAAUAUACAAGGUGAAAGGAUUCCCGCGCAAACGUGAUCCUGACAAUUCGUCAUUCGCCUUCAUUGUUAUGUGGAAUUCCAAGGACAGAGUGUGGGACUAAUUAUAGUAAAGCACUGCCUGUACACACACUUGUGACACAAAACAAAAAAACGCUAGUUACGGCGCUGCACGCGCGCGCACAUACGUGGCAGGCUCAACUAAGUCGUAUAAAAACUGCUCUUCUGAAAGACUCUUCAGCCGAAGACCAGCUUCGGGUGAGAAAUCAAGCACUUCGAUGAAGAAGAUUCAGACGCAAACAUGCCACCGAAGUACGAAGCCAAAAGCUUUCGUUUGUGUCAUUGUUGCUGCAAGUGGCGUUGUCAAUGUCUAGUGCCACGAAUAAGAAAACCACAUCCUCCGUUUAACAGCGGGACGAAGCAACGCGACACGACAAAUUUGCAUCCAAAACUGGUAGUGAUUCCGGCAUCACCGCCCGUGGGUUCCUACGACCCUCGACUAAUUGAGCGCAUACCCGGAACUAUUAGUUGGAAGAGACAACAAGACGCAGAAGAUUUUUCUGCCACAAUGGGCGGUCUGGUCGGAAAAAAAGAAAUUGCGUUCCAAAGAUUUCUGAUGAGAACUGGACUCGGGCCAGGAACUCACGAGAUACUUCGUUGGCCAGAAAAUAUUUUGGAAGCUACCUGUAAAAUUUCGCGAGAGGACGUUAAGUUUGGCACCGUUCCGCGGUUUGAACCGGCUUAUAAAUCCACCACACCCGGUCCAGGAUACACGUUAAGAACGCAUAAUCCGUUUUACUACUUGGAACAGAAAGCACUGAAAGGUUUUUCUCAAGUACCUACUUUUGAAUUCGACGGCUUAACAUCCAGAUUUCGAGAAACGAGAAAAAGUUGGUCUUUAGCUUGCAACAGAUAUAACGUAAAAUAUCCAACCUCGAUGCAGGCUUUCCUCGAAAAGGUCACAAGCAAAAGAGGACCUUACGAUCUUUUCACAGGACCGAGAGAUGAGAGUACCAUCAGAGGAUACUGGGCACGCGCGAGAGUACAGGAUUAUGAAGAUUGGCCAAAGAAAUUGCCAAGCGAAAUGGAGAAGCUUUCGAGCAAAUCAAAUUAUUUCAAAGGAAAGUGGUCUACCAAUCCUAGAUUUAUUAAGAAACCGGUCUCGAGAAUAAUGUUACAAGAUAUCAAUACGUGUUACAAGGAUCCCGAUCAACCAGGUCCCGGUCAUUAUUAUCUUCGUGCGCCACGAAAACCGAGUUCGCUGAAAAAAUAUCCUUUCGACAGUAAUGUCAAAAUUAUACGACCACUUCCAUCAAGAGACUUUCUUCCUGGACCAGGUAGAUAUAAGAUCAAAGAAGACUAUCGUAUAAAAGGAUCCGGAUGGACGUGCGUUUUCAAAAGCAAAGUGCCCAGGACAAUAGCUAGUUUUGUUGCGCCGUCAUAUAGUCACUUCUAAUUUAUAUUAAUUUAUAAACUUUUAAUUUUUCUAUGAACAUUACACGG